AUGAACCUUCAGGAUCAGAUUGAGACAUUCCAAAAGCUCGUUUUUGCUAACUUUAGAGGCGGGCUCAACAACGAGUGCAAAAUCUCUUGCCUGGUGCCCUUGGUCCAGGAGAGCUACGGAAUCUACAAGUUCAUUACCAGCAUGCUGCGCGCUAUGCAUACUGCUCUUGGAGACGACGAAGUCCUCGCUCCUCUUCGCGGACGUUACGACGCCCAGCACUACCGUCUGGUCAAGUUCUACUACGAGUGUUCCAACUUGCGCUACUUGACCAGUUUGAUUACCAUCCCCAAGCUGCCACAGGAUCCACCAAAUCUACUAGGCGACGAUGAGGAGAGACCUUCUCUUCCCGCCAGACCGAAGAACGAACCCGUCACCAAACCCGCCGAUACCCCUCCCCGCCAGCCUUCCGUGGAUCCCGAACCGAUCAACGAAUUCUGGAAGAACGAGCAAGCACGCCAGCAAGAAGAGUAUGAGGCAGAGCAGAGAAGAUUGCAAGCACAGUGGGAUGAGGCGCAAAGGCAACAGCAACAGGCUUCUCUGCAGGCUCAAAGAGAUUUCGAGGAACAACAGAGACUACAAGCCGAGCAGCAGAGACUGGCUCAGGAGCAGUUGAUGCGUGAUCAGUAUUCGCAACAGACCCAGGGCAGGAUGGCCGAGCUGGAGCGCGAGAACCUCAAUGCACGCGCGCAAUAUGAGCGCGACCAGCUUAUGCUUGAACAGUAUGACAGACGUAUGAAGGCUCUCGAGGGAGAAUUACAGCAGCUCCAAGUCAACUUUGGUCAACAGAACGCUUCCAAAGAUGAGCAGAUCCGUGCUUUGCAGGAGCAAAUCAACACCUGGAGGACCAAAUAUGAGGCUUUGGCUAAGCUAUACUCUCAGCUCCGUCAUGAGCAUCUCGAACUCCUUCAAAAGUUCAAGGGUGUUCAACUCAAGGCAGCCUCGGCACAAGAAGCCAUUGACCGAAGGGAAAAGCUGGAGAGAGAACUCAAGACCAAGAACUUGGAGCUUGCCGACAUGAUCCGCGAGAGAGAUCGUGCUCUUCACGACAAGGACCGCUCAUCUGGCGGACACAAGGACGAACUUGAAAAACUCAGGCGCGAGCUGCGCUUUGCUCUCGAUAAGGCAGAAAACGCAGAGAGAUCAAAGGGAUCUGAACUUUCUUCCCUUCUUUCUAGGCACAACAGAGAGAUUGCGGAUCUUGAGGAGGCUCUGCGCAACAAGACGAGAGCUCUGGAUAAUGCUCAGAACAAGUACGGCGAACAAGACUCUGACCUUGAGAGACUUCUCCGCGAGAAGGAGGACGAGCUUGAAAUCUUCAAGGCCGGUAUGGACCAGACACUUUUGGAGCUGAACGAACUCCGCAACGGACAGGGUGAGACGGACCAAGCUCUCGACGAGCAGAUUGACACUCUUCUUUUGGACAGUGUUCGCAAGAUCACCGACAUCAUCGACUCUGUCCUCCAGAGUGGUGUCCAGCGUGUUGACGAUGCUCUCUACGAGCUGGACUCUACCAUGCAAGCAGGAAACCAAAGUGCUUCCGGUGCCUAUGUUUUGUCGACAAUCGAAAAGGCUGCAUCAAGUGCAAUGGAGUUUUCGACUGCCUUCAACAACUUUAUCGCUGAUGGUCCCAACAGCACUCAUGCUGAAGUCAUUCGCACUGUUCACACUUUCUCCAACUCUGUUGCAGACGUCCUUUCCAACACCAAGGGUUUGACUAGAUUCGCUUCUGACGAGAAGAAGUCUGACCAGCUGAUGAAUGCUGCACGCCAAUCUGCCCUGAGCACUGUCAGCUUCUUCCGCUCCAUCCAGAGUUACCGUCUUGAUGGUCUGGAUGAUCUGCAGAAGACCGACGUUGUAAUCAACAAGAACAACGAGGUUCAGAUUAACCUCAACAGCUUGUCCAAGAUUGCUGAUGCAUUCGCGCCUAAGCACAAGAUUACCUCCGGCUCCGGUGAUCUUGGUGAUCUUGUUGACCGUGAGAUGGGCAACGCUGCCAAGGCAAUCGAAGCGGCUACCGACCGUCUUACUGCGCUCAUGAACAAGUCUAGAGAUGGUUAUUCGACCUACGAGCUCAAGAUUCACGAUGCUAUCCUCAACGCUGCUAUUGCAGUCACUACCGCUAUCGCGAACUUGAUCAAGGCAGCCACUGCAUCUCAGCAAGAAAUUGUCCAGCAAGGCCGUGGCUCUUCAUUGUCAAGAUCCCAGUUCUAUCGCAAGAAUAACAGAUGGACUGAAGGUCUCAUCUCGGCUGCAAAGGCUGUCGCCAACAGCACGAACCUGCUCAUCGAGACUGCAGAUGGUGUCAUUGGAGGUCGCAACUCGCCCGAGCAGCUAAUUGUGGCAUCCAACGAUGUGGCUGCUUCUACUGCUCAGCUGGUCGCUGCCAGCAGAGUCAAGGCCAGCUUCAUGAGCAAGACUCAGGAGAGACUGGAAGACGCCAGCAAGGCUGUUACCGGUGCCUGCCGCAGUCUCGUCAAGCAAGUCCAGGCCAUCAUUGACGCUCGUGCCAACGGCGAAGAAGUCGUUGAUUACUCCAAGCUGUCAAAGCACGAGUUCAACAGAUCGUACGUAUCUCCGAUUCCCUCUCAUACUGAAUAUAUGCUAACAUUCUAUAACCAGNNACACAUGGAGAAGCAAGUCGAGAUCUUGCAGCUCGAGAACGCACUUGGCAGAGCACGAAAAGACCUGGGCGAGAUGCGCAAGCUCGCUUAUCAGGAAGACGAGGAAUGA